AUGACUUGUAAACAAGAGUUCGAUUUGCCUUCCGUCUCUUCAGUUGAUCUACAGUCUCUCCCAGAUGAGCGUUCCAAAACCGUGUAUUCGCUUAUGCAGAGAAAUCACCAGGAUCAUGCAGUUUUGUCUGAACCACGACUCAUCUUCCAUAACCAUGUGCCCCAUAUGCUGGGAUCAGCCUAUCUACUAGGAUACCCCUCCGAGAAACUGGUCAAGAUGUACCACAACGACUGUUCUCCGCUCAAAAGCCUCAACGACAUACAUAUCCGCACCGGGAUCACACAGGACAACUGGAGACAGUUCCUGGGAAAAAAGAAAUACACAGCCGCAUACACCACCUUCUUUGACCAGGAACUAGCCAACGCCCAAAACGAUUGGAGAAGUGUCGUGAAUGAAUACCUCUUCAGCUCACCCCAACCCCUAAUCAACGGCUUCGUCGGCGGCCUCGGCCACCCAUUAAUCCACCUCGCCUACGGCUAUGAAUUCUCCAACCCCCAAAUCGCAGCCGAAGCGCUGAGUCUCGGCUGCACAGACCGAGACCCGAUCCACGUCUACCUCGACACCCCAUACCCAGACACAUCAACCUACAAAACAACUUCUGCAGAGGAAAUCCUCCGCCGUGUGCACACCGAUGCCCGCUUCUCCAACCUCUUCUCCAUCCCAGGCUACAUCAACGUCUCAAUUACCUUCGCGCAUGCAGAGCACGCCCUCCUCGAACACUGGAAUGCGUGGGAUAUCGUCGACCCUGUAGAACAGUUCAGGGAUGUGGUCGAUGUUGCGGGACUACUUUUCAUUGAGUCUCGGAAUGAAGACGAUGAGUAUGACUUCCUUCUAGCGCAUUUGUUGACCGUCGGGCAUGCUUUGAGGGUGCUUUUGCCUUCGUUUCCGGGGAGUUACAGGCUGGGAGUGGUGAGGCAGUUUUGGUUGUUCGUGCUUUAUCUUUAUGUUGCGCAGUUGAGGCCUGAGAUUGGGGAUGGGGGAGACGUGAGAGAGGUUGAGCUACGGGGAAGGGAUUGGGGGUGGGUUUAUGAGAGGUGUUUGGAGGAGGGGUUUGGGGAGGACGUGCACGUAAUUAAGGUUGUGAGGGCGUUGAGGAUGUUGGAGGAGUGGAAGAAUGAGACGGAUGGGUGGUGCUUGAGGGCUGCGGUGAGUUUUGUGGAGGGGUUUCGAGGCUGGACUGGCUUUGGGGCUGGGGGUGGAGGGUAUUGUGGUUGA